CUGGCUCGGCUCUGUAGUCCUGCCCAUGCACCGCGACCAUGGCCGCUCUCAUCCACUCCAGCCUGCCGGGUCUGACGCUGCUCUCGAAGGGAAAAGUACGCGACAUCUACGCGACCUCGUCGCCAGACCUCCUCCUCUUUGUCGCGAGCGAUCGCAUCUCUGCAUACGAUGUCAUUCUGCAGAAUGGCGUACCGGACAAAGGCAAAAUCUUGACGAAAAUCUCGCUCUUCUGGUUUGACAAGCUCAAACAUGUUGUCUCCACGCACUUCGUCACUGCGAACAUUGAUGAGAUGCCCGGGGAGGUGCAACAGUAUAAGGAUCAGCUUGACGGUCGCUCAAUGCUCGUAAGGAAGGCCAAGGUAAUCCCCCUCGAGGCGAUCGUUCGCGGCUACCUGACCGGUUCGGGCUGGUCCGAGUAUAAAAAGUCUGGAACCGUGCACGGCAUUCCUCUCCCGGCAGGACUCGUCGAGUCACAGAAGCUCCCGCAGCCGCUAUUUACGCCCUCGACUAAGGCCGAGCAGGGCGUGCACGACGAAAACAUUUCUCCGGAGCAGGCCGCUGCCCUGAUCGGCCAGGAACUCUACGAUCAGGUCUCGACGAGGGCCAUGCGGCUCUACCGGGAUGCAGCGGACUACGCUGCCACCCGUGGUCUCAUCCUCGCUGACACCAAGUUUGAGUUCGGUCUUGUGCCGGGCACUGAUGGUUCGGAGCAAGUUAUUCUCAUCGAUGAAGCCCUCACGCCGGACUCGUCUCGCUACUGGCCUGCGGCGGAGUACAAGCCUGGCGGAGGCCAGCCUAGCUUCGACAAGCAGUAUCUCCGGGACUGGCUGACCGGCUCUGGUUUCAGGAAGGGGCUUGAGAGUGGCCCGCCUGGACGUGAAGGCGAGGGCUGGCUGAUGACUCCGGAGGUCGUCGAGGGGACCAGGAAGAGGUACCUAGAAGCGUAUGAGAUGCUGACUGACCAGAAGCCCUGAAUGCAAAAAGUCCUCGAAAUGUAUAUCUGCCUGUAGAAGGAAACGAGAACAUCUGCUGUGCUGUGUUGAGUCCGUCUACGCCCUUUGGCCACACGGUCCCCCAUAAAGCGCGCUGCAGUGCAUGUCCAGAAGAGGGCACAUCCCGGACGUUUCCCAUGACGUCCUGAUGUCUGCGGAACAACGCAUCGACCAUCGAAGCCUGUCAGACCAUAACGGAGAUCCCACAAGCAUACACAAGCACCCAGAUGGCCCGGAUGGAAAGCAAUAUUGGAAGUGAGUACCGACAAACUAUCGUAAAUGACGUGAGGAUGUAAAGACACUAGCAUGCAAGAAGGGUAUGAAUAUGCGUGCUGACUAUGGUAUAGUUUACAGUGCACAAAGCCAACGAAAAGAAGAGUUUAAGCAUCCAAUCAUAGAGAAAGCCCCUUGAAAGAGUCUUCCACGCCGUUCUUGAUCUUGCUUUCAUCUUGUGUUUGGUGGUAUCUACCCCAUGUUACCCACCAUUCCUAAAGGCAUCCUGCUGAGC